AUGAGGAAGAUCUUCUGCUUCGGGGCAGACAAGGGCUGGCCGCCCUCCGGCCCCUCCCUCAGCCGUGGCAAGACCAGAGUGGGCCUGGAAGGCGAGGCUGCGAAAGUGGAGCAGAUCCUUUCACUGAAGAAAAAGGUCUUGGAUGCCAGAGAUAGAAAGAAGAGGACUGCUCUCCAUUUGGCCUGUGCCAAUGGCCAUCCAGAAGUAGUUACUGUCUUGGUGGACAGAAAAUGCAAGCUCAAUGUCCCCGACAGUGAAAAAAGGACAGCUCUGAUUAAGGUGGUACAAUGCCUGGAAGAGAAGUGUGCCACCAUCCUGUUAGAACACGGUGCCGAUCCGAAUCACAGUGACGUGUAUGGCAACACAGCUCUUCACUAUGCUGUCUAUGGCGAGAACCCAUCGAUCGCAGCAAAGCUCCUUUCACAUGGCGCAAAUAAAGAAGCAAUAAACAAGGUAUAG